CGCGUGAAGCGCUGAAUGUGACGGAUCUCCUCUGCGCUCAACAUGCGCCACGGUGUUAAAAUAAUCCCUCUGGACUAAACCACUGGCCGGGAAACAUGUGCAACAUACGCAAAGGUUCCUGCUUUGUUAGGAAAGGAAAGUUCUGGGGUUUUUGGAUUCUCCUGCUGUACACAAGUCCUCUUUCCUGCUUUUCAAAGUUCAGCCAUCUUGUCUAUAAAAUAAAGGAAGGCUUACCCAAGGGGAUUCUCAUCGGGUCUAUUGGAGAAGAUUUAAAGUUGGAUUUCUCUGUCGACCCCCCUCGGCUGUUCCAUCUGGAGUUAAGGCAGAGUGGCUCUCAGUAUGUUAAUCUAAGUGAUACAGCCGGGGAGCUAUACACGUCUGCUUUGGAGAUUGACCGAGAGGCUCUGUGCGCAGAUUCCCACGAGGGUCAAGGAUGCACUAUCUCUCUGGAUGUGAUCAUUCUGCCACAGCAGUACUUCCAGCUAGUUAAGAUCAAAAUCGUCAUUGAAGAUGUUAAUGACAACACGCCACAUUUCCCAGUGGACGAGAUCAGGGUGUCUGUGCCGGAAAAUGCACCAGUCAAUGCUCGGUUUGUGGUAGAGCAAUCUGCUGUAGACCCAGAUAUAGGAAUUUAUGGGGUUCAGACUUACUGGCUGGCUAACGACUUUGGAGUUUUCACACUGGACGUUGAGCAAAAUGAAGGGGGAGAGUUGACGCCUUUCCUGAUCGUUACUGGGCCGCUGGACAGGGAAACGAAAGCGGAAUAUUUAACUGAAUUAAUCGCUGAGGAUGGAGGCUCCCCGCCAUUUUUGGGCACUGCCACUUUUAGAAUUAUCAUCGGAGAUGUAAACGACAAUUGCCCCAAAUUCAUCGAGACUCAGGUGAAUGUGACACUUUCUGAAAACACCACAAAGGGCUCACAGUUGGCCCGUCUCUAUGCCUUUGACCCAGAUCAGGGUACCAAUGCUCAAAUUGCUUACGCUUUCAGUAAAAGGGUCACCCGAGAAACUAGGAACCUGUUUCAUUUGGAUGAAAUCACAGGGGUCAUCAAGCUAGCUGAAAAGAUUGAUUCUGACACUGGAAAGUUGUACAAGCUGGUUGUGCUGGCUAAUGGGCCAGCUUGCAUACCAGAUAUUGCCACUGUCACUGUGAAGGUUGUUAAACAGGUUUCGGGACCACCAGCUGUCAUACCCCGUUACAUUGCUUCAGAGAAAGAUGGUGUGGUUUCUCUGAGUGAAUCAGAGCCACCCUUUACACCAAUUGCUUUCUUCACCAUAAAGAAUGCAGACCCAAAGAAGAAGGUGACGUGCUUUUUGCAAGGGCUUGGACCCUUCAGGAUUUUGCCAUAUAAAAAUGUGAAAAAUGAGUACUUGCUGGAGACUACUGAUCAGUUGGAUUAUGAAAAACAGAAAUAUUAUGAACUCACUGUGGUGGUCAGAAACACAGAUGGUGUAGGUGUUGAGAAACAGGUGAAAGUGCAAAUGUUGGAUGAUAAUGACAACGCACCCAUAUUUAAGCAGUCAGUUAUUGACAUCAAAAUUGAGGAGAACAACGCUCCUGACACAUUUCUCACUAAACUCCAGGCCACUGAUGAGGACAGCGGUAACAGGGGUGAGGUACUCUAUCUUCUUGGGUCAGAUGUUCCCCCAAUCUUCCACCUUGAACGGUUGACUGGGGUCUUGACCGUGACCACAUCUCUUGACAGAGAGGAGAAAGAGACCUACCGUUUUAUAGUCCGAGCAGUUGACUGUGGCACACCAAGGAAGGAGUCAAUUGCCACAGUUUCAAUCACCGUGCUGGAUCGCAACGACAAUAGUCCUCGUUUCAUCAACAAAGAUUUCACCUUCUUCAUCCCAGAGAACUUCCCAGGAUUUGGGGAGAUUGGCGUGCUGUCUGUCACAGAUGCAGAUGCUGGGGAAAAUGGCUGGGUGGCACUGUCAAUCAUCAAUGGAAGUGACAUAUUUGUCAUCGACACAGGACGUGGGGCUUUGAGAGCGAAGACCCCACUGGACAGGGAGCAACAAGGAACAUACUAUCUCUGGGUUGAAGCUGUGGAUGGAGGUAAGCCUGCACUCUCCUCUGUCACCAUGGUUACUGUUUUGCUCCUGGACGUCAACGACAACCCACCAGUGGUGCUGUUUCCCCAAUCAAACCAGUCUUACUUGCUGGUUCUUCCCAGUACACUCCCAGGAACAUCCAUUACAGAGGUCUACGCCGUGGACCGGGACACUGGCAUGAACGCUGUCAUUGCGUACAGCAUCAUCAAGCGUAGGGGUGGUGAACCAGGCUCAUUUGACAUAGACCCAGAUACGGGAAACAUCACCCUCAGGAAAGUCUUGAGUGACCGUGGCCUGUACAGCCUGCUGGUCAAAGUCAGUGACCAUGGCCAACCUGAACCACUCCACUCCACUGUUUUGGUCAACUUGUUCGUCAAUGAGACCAUCAGCAACGAGACAUACAUUCAGAGCCUCCUGACCAGAGAAGCAGAUAUCGGGAUUGAGGAGGUCAGACCACCAAAUAGGCUCGCCCAGGGGCCAGAGUAUAGCGAACUCUUCUCCUGCAAGCUAUUACUUAUUGCCCUUAGCACCACCUGUCUGGGGCUUCUCCUUAUAGUGGUGUCACUGACUGCAUACAUAUGCUGUAAGAGGCAAAAACAUCAUAAAAAGAAGAGAUUGGAAGUAGAGAUCCCUUUAAAAAUGAACAGUGACAGGCAAGUCAUGGACAGAAAACUCAUGGAAAUUUCUAACAUAUGACCAUGGCCCCCCUCAAUAAACUGUCUACACAUGUCAAAUGUGCAGCUCCUCCAGACAAACAAUGGAGUAUAAACCGAGAAAAUUGUAUAUAUUGUAUAUUUGAUGUUUUGUAAUUUUAUGACAAAAUGACAAAAUAUAUUUAAAAAAUACUAAAAAAAACCUACAUCAGAAGAGUGUCUAGUUUUGCAAACCCACAUUUUCUCAAAUGCUUGAUUAUAUGACACUGUAAUUUAUUACACCUUAUUAUGUAGUGUCCUCUGCGAUGUGUCAAACCGCCCUUUUGUUUAGCCACUUAGAGUAAUUGUUCAAAUCAUUCUUUAUUCUUCAAGCACAAUAUUGUGUUUUUAGGAAUAUUGAAUAUGAAAAACAGAAAUAUUACUUUACAGUGAUAGGCAGAAAUCCUUACAACAUUGCCAGACUGAAUUCAUUGGUGAAUAUAUUUCAUGCAUUUUAUGUGGGAUAAAGGAUAUGUCCAUCAUGCUAGACUCCUGUGCACUAACUUUUUAGUGCUAGUCCAUCGAACACCUGGAUUUCCAAGGUCAGCUUGGUUUAUUAGAGUCUGUAAUGAG